AGCUUGUGUGGCUUCAAUUCUUGCAUUCCUCUCAAUACCCACCUCCAUCUUUGUCCGCUUCUCCUUCUGUGUUUUCAUUUUCAAUUCUUCCUUCUCCCUGAUGUACUGUCUAUGUCUGAUUUCAUCAGCAUUUGCUCUUGACGCUGUACGCUCUGUUUCAAAUUCUACAGUUCUCUCUGCAAAUAUGUCAGCCCAUAACUCAUCGUAGUUCUGCGAGAAGAGUUUCCCGCUGUUUUCCUUUUAAAUUCCAAACUUCCUCGGCUUCGGUGAGUCACGGGUGGAAGCGAAAACCUGUCAGUGAGUUAAAUCCGGUUGAUGGGCAUUUACUGAAAUGGAGAGAUUCUCCCGCAGGGACAAUGUUCUUGUAGAUUUUAGCAAUAGUAGUCCUCAAAGAGAAAUACCGGGCGAUGGCUUUUUGCCGAAGAAAUUGUACCGAAACUCGGACAUUGAUUUCGACGACGUUUUUGGUGGUCCGCCAAGGAGGUCCUCGAUCCAUGAGACGAGGUACGGUCUCAGCGAAUCUGCGGAUUCGUACGGAUUGAGGGGAAGCGGCGAAAUCCCUUCGUACAGUAAUCCGUGGACUGGCGAGACUGAGAAGCCGGUUUUCGGAGGGGAAAACAGGAGGAGGAGGAGACUUAUGAGUGAAGACUUCUUUGAUGACAUAUUUAGGGGCAGCGAAUCUGGCAGUUCCGCUCCGAGGAAGCAUGACCAGGAUGUGUUCUCAUCGUCACCAGGUUCGCGGGUCACGAGCCCCGCGAGGCCUCUGCCACCGCGAGCUGAGCCCUUGCCGAACUCAUCGAACUCAUCAGUUCCGUCACAAUUCAGUCUCCCUGCGACAGUGAGCAAACCAGUCGAUUCCCCAGCACUCGGCUCCAGUUCUAUGAAAUCUUAUAAGUACAAGGAUGGCUCUUUAAAUGGAACAAGCCAGCCACGCUCUCCCAAGGUUUCUAUAUUGGGAUAUCCAAGCCGAAUUACACAAGUUCAGGAUGCGUCCAAGGUUGUCAUUCAAUCAUCCUAUCGUCCGAGCCCUCUGUCCCAUGAAUUCUCUCUUAGCGGUGACGAGAUUCUGAAUGCGAGUAAAUCUGACAAAGUCCUCGAUUCUAAUAAGGGCACAGGUCAAGAGAUGCCAAGCGGUGCCCAAUUUCACUUCUCUAUAUACAAAUGGGCUAGCAAAGGAAUACCGCUGGGAAUGCCUCUUAGAAGAUCGAACAGUUUGAAAUCAAAAGAGAAGGUUAGAACAGAAAGCUCGAACAGAAAUGAGCAGAUAGACAGUCAGAAUCGGACAGCAGAAUCGGCAUCACCAUAUAUUGUUUCCUCCUCUUUGAAGAGUAAAGUGCUAGACACUGCAUCCUCUGCAGUAGAAAACAGCAAAUUAAAAAGUGACACCAUGAAGCAAUCAAGCUUGCAAGUUGAAUUGGAAACACGUCACACCACUGUAGAAGCUGGCAUUGAUAUUAGUAGACCAAAAACUAUUGGCAGCUUAACGAACGGUGCAGAUGGUCAUAGUGAUGCCAUGCCAUGCAAUACAAGAGGAGAAACAAAAUCCCAAGCUCUGCCUCAGACAGGUUCACGUCAGAAUGUAGAGAAAGAGGAAGAAAUAUCCAAGCCUGAAUUGAAACCUCUUCAUUCUUUGCAUUCUUUGCCUAGCGAUAAAGAUGAACAAGAUGGUAAUGAGGUCAAGGUAGACAGGAAGAAGGAAGCGGAAUGUGAAAGUUUGAGGAGUAUUGAACAGUCUCUUGGGAAGAAUGAUGCUGAUAAAGGAGUAAAGAAACAAGACAGUCUUCACCGUUCGAAUAGCAAAGGAGUGAAAAAAGUUGCAUUGCCGGGAUCGCCAACAGAUCGACGAGAUGGCAUUGGUAGAAGCAGAGAAAAAGGAAAGGUCAAAGAGUUUAUUAAAAUCUUCAAUCAGGAAGCUCCUGUGAAGCCUAAAGUUGACGUUCGACCUCAAGGUGGGAGCUUUAGAUGGAGUGAGAGAGGAGGAAAAGCGGACAAUCCAGCAGAUCAUAACAAUAUUGGAGUGGAACGACAAGUUAAAGCAUCCCACGAGGAAACUGCUGACACAAUACCUGAAACUUCCACUCAUCAUGUAAAUCAGUUUCGUAAAAAGACCAGUAGAGAACACUCUGGCAGAAGUACUGCUAGCCUUUUCUUUAGUGAUGGUUCAUCAGAGAAGAAGAAUAGCUCAGCAUCAAGUACUGAAUCUGCUCCUGAGGAGGCAAGACCCGUGGUUAUUGAAAUUGAUGAAUCCUUCAGCGGGAACUUUGUGCUAAAAGAAUUGCCCCAAGAUGAAGAUAAGCAAAGACAACCAAGUGAAGAACUUAAUGAUAUCAAAGAUAUUGAUGCUAAAAUCCGGCAGUGGUCUCGUGGGAAGGAAGGAAAUAUACGGUCCCUUCUGUCAACUUUGCAGUAUGUUCUUUGGCUGAAGAGUGGGUGGAAGCCAGUUCCCCUUGUCGACAUAAUUGAAGGGCCUGCAGUGAAGAGAGCAUAUCAGAAAGCCUUGCUUUGCCUUCAUCCAGACAAAUUGCAGCAGAAGGGUGCUGCUUCACAUCAGAAGUACAUAGCGGAGCAAGUCUUCGAUAUAUUGCAGGAAGCAUGGACUCACUUCAAUUCUCUUGGAUCUGUAUGAGCCAUCAACGUUUGCCUACUUCAUUCUCAGCAACUGCAUGCAAAGGACAUGGAUCGGAUCUAUAUAUGCCAUCAAAAUUUGCUUACUUCGUGCCCAGCAAUUGCUUGCACAGGAUAUGGAAUUGCUUGCUAUAGUAAAUAGCACACCAGUUGAGGAGCACAAAAUCGAAUUUAGACCGGUUUGAGAGGCAACGUUCAAUGAUUUUCAAAGAAGUAUCGGUCAAUAAUACACUCCUUUUCUGUCCUAUCUCUGGUAAUGCUUCAUAUAGAGCACCGAGGAGAGUUUUUUUUCGAGUCGACAGAACCCGGAAUCUGAAGAAACCCUCUCUUAUGUUUGGCCCAACUUGUCCUUCAAUUGUGCAUCAGAAGAAUCAUCAUGGACAGAACACAUCUUCACAUAACAAUCAUAGAUGGAACUGGACCAAACUAAGAAAAUGCAGCGACCUCCUAUUUUGUGGGCAAAACCCAUUACUCUAGAUUUGCAGAAUAGCACUUCUAGAGGAAAAAGAGUCAACAUCACACCAAUGUAGGAAGCCUUGUAAGAUUAGUGUCCUGAAUUCACCUCCUAAGGGAAUCCCUCAUAUUUUGCCUGA